ACGUUUCCUCUUUUCCAGAUCUACGAUACGUACCUGAGCACCGACAUGGCCAUCCUGGAGCUUCUUAAUGUUGACACAAUGACCUUCCUCUGAAGCUGAGAUGGCUUUAUCAGAACAAGCUGAGUCAAAUUGACCUAAGGACCCUCGGCACCACCGCCACAAAUAUUCACAAGCUCUCGGCCGGCAACGUUGGGGCUCAGUUUUGGUCCGCAUAUGUUCCUUGUGGCGCUCAGAACAAAGAUGCAGUCCGUCUCACGCUGGAACAAAUUGAUGUGAUCAAACGGAUGUGCCAAAGCUAUCAAGAACUGGAACUGGUGACAUCUGUCCAAGGCAUUGCUGAUGUUGGACGUGGCAAGAUAGCAUGCUUGAUCGGCAUCGAAGGAGGGCACUCCAUUGACAGCAGUCUGGCGGUUCUGAGGAUGUUUUACGAACUGGGUGUUCGCUACAUGACACUGACGCACAACUGCAACACACCCUGGGCACAGUCGUCCUCAGAGCGUGAAGAGCUUUACUCCAAUAUUAACAGCUUGAAUGAUUUUGGUGAAGAAGUGGUGAGAGAGAUGAAUCGACUGGGGAUGAUAAUAGACUUAUCGCACGCCUCCGAUGCAACAGCAGCGGCCGUCCUCGGUGUUUCCAGAGCGCCAGUCAUCUUCAGCCACUCUUCAGCCUUUGCGGUUUGCAACAACGCAAGGAACGUCCCUGAUCACAUUUUGCACCAGCUGAAGCUAAACAAUGGAAUCAUAAUGGUGACCUUCCACGCUGAGAUACUUGCUUGCGGCAAGAAAGUAGUUGACAUUUUCACCGUAGCAGAUCAUUUUGACUACAUCAGAGCAACAAUAGGUGCAGAAUAUAUAGGAAUUGGCGGAGACUUUGAUGGAGUGAGAAAAUACCCUAAAGGGCUGGAAGAUGUUUCCAAAUAUCCAGCUUUGAUCGAAGAACUGCUGAAGAGAGGCUGGAAGACGCACGAACUGAAGGGCAUUUUGAGAGAAAACUUCCUCCGCGUUUUCCGGCAAGUUGAAAAAGUACGGGAUAACAGCAUUUCCAUGCUAGAGAACGAAGAGGAAAUUUCACUGGAAGAUGUACAAAAUCCCUGCCGCUUGGAGCUAAAGCCCCCUCCUGGGAUUGCGUUUUUGUACUGAAUGUUGC